CUUGGCGAAACUUGGCGGGACGUUCGGGGACACGAGAGGCAAGUGGGAAGAUGUUGCAAAUCGGUAACCUUCUCUAAAAAAAUCGCGGCAUCUCAACAACACGCGACGAAGAGUUGAGUGAAGAUGCUUCCUCCCAAACUGUUCCCUCGACGCGAUUCAAAAUAGUUAAACAAACAAAACAAAAAAUUUAACUAAUCAGUUACAUUUUAAAAAGUUCAUUGAUUUCAACCAGACGUUUUGAGAAGAAAUAAAAAAAAAGGAAGACAAAACAUACUCAUGAUUGUCGGGAACGAAAUGACCGAUAACGCGGGGUCCCCCAACAGCAACAACAAUCUCCCGUCUUUCGGUUUCACACAGGAACAAGUCGCAUGUGUCUGCGAAGUACUUCAGCAGUCUGGGAACAUUGAAAGAUUGGGCAGAUUCUUAUGGUCAUUACCGGCUUGUGACCAGCUACAAAGAAAUGAAAGUGUACUGAAAGCCAAAGCUCUGGUAGCGUUCCACCGUGGUAAUUUCAAAGAACUUUACAGGAUUUUGGAAAGCCACCCUUUCACGCCAAACUCUCAUCCUAAGUUACAGACAUUGUGGUUGAAGGCCCACUAUAUCGAGGCCGAGCGACAGAGGGGUCGACCACUUGGUGCCGUUGGGAAAUAUCGCGUGAGGAGGAAGUUCCCGUUGCCGAGGACUAUAUGGGACGGUGAAGAAACGAGUUAUUGUUUUAAGGAGAAAUCUAGGAAUAUUUUAAGGGAAUGGUAUCAUCAAAAUCCAUAUCCAUCCCCUAGAGAGAAAAGAGAACUUGCUGAAGCGACUGGACUUACUACGACGCAAGUCAGCAAUUGGUUCAAAAACAGACGACAACGUGACAGAGCUGCAGAACAGAAGGACAGAGAUGUCGUGGGCGGUGACCAAGGAAAAGCUGGUGGUACAGGAAGUGAUUCAUUCAAUGAAGACAACGACUCCAACAGUCGGAAAUCUCCUGAUGACUCUCUUUACCAACUGGACAUAAAGCCUGAAGGCAAUCAUUCCUCACAUCUUGAUGACCAACCCACCACAAGUCAACAUCAACAGAAUCAACUGCAGCAGCAGUUUCGUUUCUCAACAGUUCUGGACUCGAUGCAGAACCAUGUCAAUUCAUCGACCAUCAAUGAUUUGGUCGAACUGAGGCUAGCAGUUGGAGAAUAUCAGAACUUAUGACAAACAUGUGAUACAUGAACCACCUAUAUUUUGUGUCGAAAAUGAAUGUUUUUUAAUUUUGCCAUAUUUUCAAAAAAAAAGCAACCCACAAAUGUUAAUUAGCUAAUUAUCAGGCUAAUCAUAGAUGUUGUAAUACUUGAUUUGUUUGCCGAACAUUAAGUUUUUUUUCGUGUUUAAAACUUAUUGAAACAAAAUAAUAAUUAAUUUCCUUCCAAUGACUUUUUGUCAAGCAUAGGCCUUUAAAGACAAUUUGCCACUAUUUAGUAUUUUUUCUCCACCCAAUUUAGAGCUCAUAUUGAACAAUGACAAUACUCCAAGUUGGCUUGCAAUGCAUAGUUACAAACUUGUGCAUUGAGUUUUCAAACAAAGUCGAAUUUCAUGUGUUUAUUUCAACAAUAAGCGUAGUUUAGUUUAGCCUGAUUUUCCAAAAUAGCAGCCAAAAAUAAGCAGCUUAAAAGACUCUUUCGAUGUUUAACUCGUUCCUAUUUAGUUAUUUUCUCCCCACCUAAUUUGGAUCUUACUAUAUUGAACCAUGACGAUACUCCAAUCAGGUCAGUUUACAAUGCCUAGAUAUUACAAACUUGCGUUGCAUUGUUCAUAUGUUAAUUAGCUAAUUAUCAGGUUAAUCAUAGAUGUUGUUAUACUUAAUUUGUUUGCUGUAAAUUAUGUUUUUUUUCACGUUUAAAACUUAUUGAAACAAAAUAAUAAUAUAAUUUCCUUCCAAUGACUUAUUGUCAAGCAUAAUAGACUUUUCAAAUGUUUAACUCUCCAGUAUUUAGUUAUUUCCCCCCACCUAAUUUGAAUCUCAUAUUGAAAUAUGACGAUACUCCUACCAGGUUGGUUUACAAUGUCUAGAUAUAAACUUACACAUAGAAUUUUCAAACAACGACGAAUUUCAUUUGUUUAUUUCGAAAAUAAACGUAGUUUAAUUUAGCCAAAUUUUCCAAAAUAGCAGCCAAAAAUGUUAAGCAGCUAGAUGUUGUAAUUCUUUAUUUAUUUCCUAAAAGAAAUUUUUUUUUAACAUGUAACACAUAAAUGAAGAAAAUAACAAUAUCAUUACCUUCCUGUAAGUUUUUCUAGUAUUAAACCUUCAGAUGAUUAACCCAUCUCUAUUAAACGGCCAUAUCAACUAUUUUUUCUUCUAUUUGAGUCUAAUAUUGAACAAUGACCAUAAUACCGCCUCCCACUAUUGACGACUGAUUAGUCAAUUAGAUAUUGAUAUUCAUAUAGGGUAAUCUAAUAAUCAGUGCCCUUGAUAAUUUAUACUUUUUACAAUUCUGGUCAAAAUGAAGUGAAAAAUAAAGAUUAACAAGGCAGUGGAAAAUUAAUAUUUCAACGAGAAUUACGAAUCGUAUAUAUGUAUUGUUUGUAAUUUUAAAAACACCAAAACAUAUUUUAUUGCUGAAGAAUAUUGUGGGCGGGGACCAGUAGAAACACCGUCAAGUUUUUUCCUGCUAUAAAACUGAUUUUCGUGCUUUUUACCCUGCUUUCCUCUGUAGUGAUUCAACAAAUUUUGGUAUUUUCAUCAUAGUUUGAUUUUUGCUAUGCAGACCCAAAUGUGAAAAUAAUUUUUUUGUUGUUGUCAUUUUGGUAAGGAACAAGGAAUAUAAAAGGCGCUGGUUACAUAUUUGUUGGUAACUUUCUUUGUCUGCUUUUUAAAAACAGUUAUGUAGCUCAUAUUGUGUAAGAAAUAUAGAACUAAAUUUAUGGAAAAUUAUGGCUGAAUAUAAUUAAGUUUAAAAAGUAGUAAAUCAUCGUACGUUAGCAGCAUUAAAAAAAGAUAAACCAAACUUUUUACACAAACUGCGACUUAUGGUGACAAAAUUUCUCAUUAAAAUGAUGUACGCAUUCUGUGAGAAAUAUUGAUCUAAAUCUACGUUGAAAAAAAAUGGCUAAGCAUGAUUAAAUAAACACAGCACUGAUUAUUGUCAUGGCUGCAAUAUUUAAUAGAAUCAGAUGAUAAUACAUCACGAUUUUAUAUUGUUAAAUGAAUGAAAAAACGUGUUCUAAGGAUACAUUUUUUCAACUAAAUAUUCUUUUAAAAAUAGUCCUAAAAACAUUUAUUUAUAUUAAAAUGUAAAUGCAAAAAAGGAAAAAUCUAAUUUUAAUACAAUGAUUUUCAGCAAAUUUUCAAUAACUUAUACAGAAACUGUAAUUUAGGUCACAAAAUUUCUGUGAGAAAUAAUAAGCUAAUAAGUUUACUAUAGUUGAAAAUAAUGGUUAAACAUCAUUAAGUCUAUAAAGCAUUGUUAUGGCUGUAGCAUUUUUCAAAGCUAGAUAUAAUAAAUAUAACGUUUUUAAAACGUGAUUGAAAGAGAAGGAGGUUUCAUGAAUACUAUUUAUAACCAAACAUUCUUUCAAAAAGCCUUAAUCUUUCUUCGUUUAUCUAUAUAACAAUUAUUCAUAUAAAUAUCAUUUUAAAAAGGGAAAAUCUAUUUUAUUAAAUUAUUUCAGGAACCUUUUGAUUACUUUUACAAAAACUGCAAUUUUGGUUACAAACUUUCUUAUGUGAAUAAAGUACAUAUUCUGUGAGAAAUAAAAAACUAAAUUUAUUUUGGAAAAUAGAUUAAAUCUACAAAGCUUAUAUCAUAGUUACAGCAUUAGCCUAAAAAAGGUACAAUAAAUAUGUUUUUAUAAUGUUCAAUUGGGGGAAAAAGAUGUUUUAGGAACACUGUUCAUGACAAAAUAUUCUUAUAAAAUUUUUUUUAAAAUAAUUAUUCAUGCAAAUAUCAGUGUAAAAAGGAAACACCAAAUUUUAUUACGAUGAAUUUCAGCAGCCUUUUGAUUACUUUUACAAAAAUUUAUGUUAAAUAAUUUUCAUGAGAAAUAAGCCUACAUUUGAAAAUAAUGGCUUAACAUGAUCAACUUUUAAAGCAUCGUUCAUUGUCGUGGCUGCAGCAUCUACCAAAACCAGUUACAAUAAAUAUUAUAUAUUUAAAAUGUAUAUUUGAAAGAGAAGAAAAUUUCAGAAAUAUUGUUUAUAACCAACCAUUUAUUAAAAAGUGUUUUAUAAUUGUGCAUAUAAAUAUCAGUGUAAAAAGGGGAAAAUGUCAUUUUUUUUUGUGUGCCAAAGAUACAUGUGAUAACCAGAAUUUUAUUUGUGUGAUAUGUAAUACUUAAUGUAAUACACAAUUGUCGUUUCCAGUUUUUUAAUGUUGUCCUUCCUCAUUAAAAUUGACUUUUUUUUCCAACUAAAAACGGUCCAAGAAAUGUUUAAAAAAAUGUAUGAAAGGGAAAAAAAAGUGAUGGGAUCGUUUAAUGACUGAUAUUCUUUGUAAAUUGUUGAAGUGUAUAUUUCUUGUACAUUUAUUCAGAAUAUCGACGACUGUUGUAAUUCAAAGAAGGAUAAUAAAUAAAAUUUGAAUGUA